AUGUCACCUCCCAAGACAGUUUCUCCUGUGAUAGCCAGUCUAAGAGCAUCAAGUACAAGCGUAGUUUGUGGGUGUCCAGGAGUUCCAAGAAGCAUACCUCGUAUUGAAACCGUCAUUGAGUUACGACCUUUUAAUGGCAUUCCUUUCCUGAUUCGAUCGGUAGGAGUAGAAUUGAGAACUACACAGAGGGUUGUUGUGCCGUCGACACUAGGAUCUAAUGAUACUAUCAGAGAAUAUAAAAUAUAUGAAAAUCCGUUUAUUUUUAGGCCCGCAGCAGGAGAAUUUUCAGAAAGAUUACUUGGAAUAGAUAUACCGGUGUUGAUUCCAUUACCGAAAGAUAUUAUUUCCAGCGGACAGUACCAGCAAUGGAACGCAAUUACAACCCAUAGUCUUGUGGUCAAAGUUUCGUGCGGUGAUACAUAUAACAAUGAGACGAAUUAUAGCGAAGCGUUCCCCAUUCCAAUCAAAUUGUACGACACGUUGCCAAUUUACAGACAGUUCAAUCAACCAAUAGCAGAAGUGAGGAGUUCAAACUGUAAGCAGGUGCUUGUGGAAUUGUCAUUACCAGUGUCGUCAAUAGGACCUAAAGAUGAUAUCAUUUUGCUAGUUAAAACUAUGACGGAUCCAUUGUGCAACAAAAUCAGUAAGAACUUGCGAUUAAAGUUCAUAACAUUCCAAAUAAAAGAGAUUUUGGAAUGCCAUGAGGGUGGGCUUCCAUUGAUGAAAGAGCAUAAGAUAUACACCGAAACAAAGAGUUUCUUGAAUGAAAAUUCCGUUUUAAACACUCAAGGUGUCUCCCACCAGUUUCGCUUGGAGUUUCCCUUUGAUAACGAGUAUUUGCAGAUGUAUUGCAAUAAAAACUAUAUUGACAACAACUUGAGUGAUAGCAAGCAUGUUAUAUCAACGUAUGCAAAUGAUAAGAAAAAUAGUAAAGUGGUUGAGGGAAUUCCACUUACGCAUACACAGGGUUUCACAACUCUAGGUCGGCUUUUUUCGAUACGAUACGAGGCGAUAAUUAAGGUGAAGCUAGUACAAGGCAAGGACAUGGAAAUCAAGCUACCAAUAACUGUCAGUCCUUUCAAUAGAGAAAGUAGCGAAUAUUUAUUAUCAUGGAUAAUAAAUCAGUGUGAAGGGGCUAGAAAUAAAUUUGGAAAAGACCUUGUAAAUAGAUUAGUAAAUGCAAGGUAUGAUGAAACUGAUACCGUACUUCAAAGGUUCAAUCCGCCUCCGAUAGUUUAUAAGUAUACAAAAUCGAACUGGGUAAGAUUAGGAUUUAAUGGUGAAGCAUUUGGGUCGAAUAAAUUGGGAAAGAAUUUGGUACAAUACAUUGACUAG